UGACUGCAAGUUUAAGCUGUCUUUUCUUUUUAACCGCUCCUCACCUCCUAGUUGAAACGCCCAAAAAUACCACCAACGCUUACAUUGCCGCCUGUGUGCCUUGUCUUCUUCGAGUGUUGAAGGGCCAAGCAACGACCAACUCACCCAGCCGCUCUCCUUUUCUCUCAUGAUAGUUUGACCGUUCUCUCUUUCUCUUUUGUUGAAUGGUCUUUGCGACUCCAAGUAAGUCUCUCUUCAAAAAUUUCGACUUUAUUAAAAUAAGUAAAUUAUUUUUGUUUCCAUUCUUCUUCUUUUUUGUCUAUCGCAGUUGGUUUUUUAAUGGUCCCAUAACUAAUACUACCAGCUACAAGUUUUACUGGGUCAUAUUCGUAUUUGAAUUUUCUUCUUCUUUCUUUAUCUAAAAUUUUCGUACAUUUACUUAGAAAAUAACGAAAGAGAGAGAAGAGUCAAGGGGUUUAGGUAGAAAAUAAGGGGUUAUUUAUUAUAAAAAAGAACAUGAAUUUCCCAUUUGAAGGGCCUUUCCUGGAAGUAUCCUUCAAUGGAUAGCAAUUAAUUUUUUGGAAUUUUGGUUGGAAAUUUUUUUAAUUUGAGAUGUUAGGCAAAGAAGAAAAAGACCGGCAUGCCGGCGUGGCUGCAGCUACUGCCCGGAAACCAUAUCUACGGUCAGUUUCUUGGACUGACCGUUCACCGACUAAACCUAAACCGAAACCGCCGCAAAACACAAAGUGGAGGUCUUGUUUGCCUCCCCUUUCUAUAACAAGAAGGCCGGUGGAAGAGUGGCCAAAAGCUGGUUCUGAUGAUCUUGGUGUUUGGCCUAAUCCCCAGACGCCUAGAGGUUCUGUUAAGCCCCUUGAGAGUCCGGGUUCCAGUAGGGAGUUUCAAUUGAGGAGAGAUAAGCUAGCUUUCUAUGAUAAGGAGUGUUCCAGGAUUGCUGAUCAUAUUUAUUUAGGGGGUGAUGCUGUGGCUAAGAAUAGGGAAAUUUUGAGAAAAAAUGAGAUUACUCAUGUAUUGAACUGUGUUGGUUUUGUUUGUCCUGAGUAUUUCAAGAAUGAUCUUGUUUACAAGACACUUUGGUUACAAGAUAGCCCGUCCGAGGAUAUUACUAGCAUUCUGUAUGAUGUGUUUGAUUACUUUGAAGAUGUUCGCGAACAAGGCGGGAGGGUUCUGGUGCACUGCUGCCAAGGUGUGUCAAGAUCAACUUCUCUGGUUAUUGCCUAUCUAAUGUGGAGGGAAGGACAGAGCUUUGAGGACGCGUUUCAAUAUGUGAAGGCAGCGCGAGGAGUGACUAAUCCCAAUACAGGAUUUGCUUUCCAACUUCUGCUGUGCCAAAAGAGGGUGCAUGCUGUGCCUGCCAGCCCGAAUUCUAUGCUUAGGAUGUAUAGAAUGGCUCCGCACUCCUCGUAUGAUCCUCUUCAUCUUGUACCAAAAAUGUUAAAUCAUCCAGGUAAACAGGGACUUGACUCCCGUGGGGCGUUCAUUGUUCAUGUUCCUUCUGCUGUAUAUGUUUGGAUUGGAAAGAAAUGCAACCAUGCAAUGUCGAGUAGUGCUGGAUUGGCUGCCAAUCAGGUUAUCCGAUAUGAGCGCGCGCAGGGUCCUAUUUUAACUGUUAGAGAAGGGGAAGAGUCUUUGGAAUUCUGGGAUGCCCUUGCAAUAGGACAGCUCUCAGCUGAUGGUUGUGACAGAGCGGAGGUCAGGAAGUUAGAUAAUUUGGCUUCUGAGAAUGAUAAGAUGGCUGCAGCAAAUAAAAUUUAUGUCGUUGGAAGGAAGGUAGAGGAUUAUGAUUUGGAUUUUGAACUUUUCCAUAAGGCACUUGCUGGUGGAGUUGUUCCACCUUUUUCAAUUUCAACCACGGAAUCAGAAACUUGCCUUCCUGCCAGAGAAAAUGGAUGGGGUAGGCUACGGCAGAAGUUUGCUAAUGGCAUCAUGAAAGAAAUUUUCAAUUCAUCCAAACUGGGUUGUAACUUGACUUUAGUCAGUGAUAGAUCUGAUACGGUUAUAGAAGUUCAUAGAGAUUCAGAAGAUAACAUUUCACUCUCGUCGCCAUCGCCAUCAAUCUUUCCAUGUGGUUCACCUGACUCCUUUGACUGUUUCCCGGAUAUUAGCCCAAUACGGAGGAAAGAUCCUUGUGAAGAAGUAGAACAGACAGUUACUCCUUCUGAUUCUCCAUUGGCACCAAGGUCUCCUUGCGGUUCACCAAAUUCUUUUUCUUGUUUUGCAGCUAGCAGCCCAAAAUUUAGUUCCAAGUCUCCUACACUUUCACCUUCAACAUCUGACUAUGCCAGUUCAUUUGCCUUUUCACCCUCAUCCUCUAAUUGGUCUGACUUGUCAUAUUUGUCUUCUCGGCAGCCUUCACCCUCCGCCCUGGAGGCUAGUGACCUGUUUACAAUCAAGAGUGUUUCCUCGCCAGAUAAUUCUUGUUUACCAUGUAAUGGAAGUUUCCCUUCACCGACGAAGACAUUUUCUUCUGAUCUUACUUUGAGAGUGGCAAAUACUUGUGUGCCUAGUAAAGGUACUUCUCCCUCAAUCGCAGAACGCCGAUGGAGUCAUCCUCCACCACGCAUGCUGUUACCCUCAGUUGAUGAACCAAUUCCCAGGAAGCUUGUAAGGCCUUGGUCUUAUGCUAUACCCGAAUUGGAUGAUGAUGAAAUGAAUGAGAUGGAUUAUAAUCAAUAUGAACCUGAAGACAAUAGGGAAGAGUUAAUGUUAGAUGCUGAAGCCAUUGGUGCUAGCAUUGAGUCACACAGUGGGACUCAAGAUAAAAGGGAAUAUGGUGAAUGUCAUCCUCAAUUCGGCAGCAUCUUUGAGAAGGGUUCAGGAGUAACCACCUUGGCUCUGUACCAGUGGCCUACACUCAAUAAAGUGGAGAUUCAUGGAUCUCACAUCCUUGAGCCUGGAGCUGUAUAUAUGUUGUUGGCUCCAGAAGCAAGCUUGGGUGCAAGUGAUCAUUCUGGUGUUUUAUAUGUCUGGCAUGGGCGGGAAGUUCUGUCUGAAAAAGGACCGAGCCAAUUUGUAAGCUGCGAUGGUGUAGACAAGGAUAACUAUCCUUGCUGGGAAUCUAUUGCCCGUGACUUUCUUAAUAAAAUGGAUUUGCCCCCAAAUGUCUCUAUUCAGAUAGUUACAGAAGGCCAGGAGCCGGAGCAGUUCCUGAACCUUUUCAACUGUUUUAUCAUUCCAGAAGGCUGAACAGGGUGACAAUGAUUGGGAGGGCUUAAACAUGAUGUGGGGUUCUUUGAAGAAGUUGCUAAUAAUCUUUUUUAGCGCCCUUAUUGGUUGUAAAAAUGGAUCAAUUGCAGGUCAGUAAAAGGUGACUUGGUAUCCCAAGCAGUGCAAGAGAUUUCUAUCUGCUUGUGUGAUGUAUUAUCGACAGGAUCCGAGGCAUUGUCUAACAAAACAGGUAAAGAAAUUAAGCCCUGCUGUACACUAACAGGAAUUGGAAGUAAAUACUCAGUUGCGAUAAGCAGUUCUAAGAUCAUGUCUUUCUCUGUUUUUCAGUUGUCUGUUGACCACAUCCAACACCUAAGGUGUUGGUUUUUGGGUUGAUAAGAAAAUCAAAGCUAUUUUCAUUAGUAAAGCGUUCACUUACUCAAGAGUCUCAUAAAUCAUUGUUUUCUAUUUCUCCUUUAACACGAGUGUAACAGAAAAUUAGGGUCUAUUGUUGGUUUUUAAGUAUGAAUAGAGGUGUGAUUUAGACUGGAA